AUGGCUGAACUUACGCCUUCUCCAGACAUUAGUCCCGUGUCAGCAGCAACUACCAAUGGUCUUUUUCCGCAAGACUCUUUCUGCCUCAAUCUCUCCGCUCUACCGGACACAAGUAAUUUCAUGCUAAAAUCUGCGUUGCGGUCUCCUUAUCUUCUCGAUUCACCGAAUGGUUUCUACUUUGGAGGUGGUGGACUGAGCAACUCAUACCGGAAGCGUCCCCGCAACAUGUCUCAGUCGUCCGGUACCGACCGUGAUAUGUCUACAAACGGCACACCGCCCGCAACAAACCAGGCGUCCACAAGAGCUCUUUCCAACGGCACAAGCAGCGAACAGCGACCUUCAAACAAGAAACGUCCCAGCACAGACACCGUUGAUUAUCCGAGACGACGAGCAACUAUCGCGUGCGAGAUAUGUCGGUCCAGAAAAUCGCGGUGCGACGGCACAAGGCCGAAAUGCAGGCUUUGCACAGAACUGAACGCAGAGUGCAUCUAUCGGGAACCAGGUAUCAAGCUGGACGCUGGUGACAAGCUGAUCUUGGAGCAUCUGAGCCGCAUCGAGGGCCUUCUGCAAACCAACCUUGCCGGCACCUUUUCGUUGGCAACACAUUCGCCGACCACAAGUAACUCCACAAGUGAGGAUUUCCUCGGCCGCAGCAACGGUCACAUGCCCAAUCUGGCCAUGGUUCAGCCAAUCAACGGUAUUGGCACAUGGACUAACCAUCCUUCGAACAUCUCGACCAUGCCAAAGACGCACAAUACAGCGGCCUUGAACCUGCUGUCUUCGCCCAUGAUCCGGGAGCUCGUGUCUCGUCCAUAUGAUCCGAAGAUUCUGCUUCAGUUGGAGAUGAGUCGGGAGCCAAUCAGCCUUGGAACAACGAGAGGACUGGAUCUUUCCAACACCGGUCCGCAUGUGCAGGCAUACUUUGAGCGAGUGAACGUUUUCUACGCAUGCGUGAACCCGUACACUUGGAGCAGCUACUACCAAACUGCUUUGGCACACGGGUUCCGAGGAGGGCCAGAGAGUUGCAUAGUGCUCCUCGUGCUUGCGCUUGGUCAUGCUGGUAGCACUGGAAGCAUAACGCUGCAGAACCCUGAAAAGGAGCCUCCUGGGUUGCCAUACUUCGCUGCAGCAUGGGAUUUACUUCCAAGCGUCAUGACUAGGAACAACAUGGUUGCUGCACAGUGCCAGAUCCUGGCCGCUGCUUACCUGGUAUAUCUUGUCCGACCAGUGGAAGCGUGGAACGUGCUGUCAGGCGCUAGCAUGAAGUUGCAAUUACUUCUGAGCGCUCCCGGAAGAGUUUCGCCGGCCGAAGAGGAACUAGGGAGGAGGGUGUACUGGAACGCUGUGAUGAUUGAAAGUGACCUUCUGGCUGAGCUCGAUUUACCGCAUUCCGGCAUCUCACAGUUCGAAGAAGGCUUCUCGUUACCAACAGGCUUUGAAGACAUGGGGACUGAAGCAGUUGGCCGAGAUGAGCUGUGGUAUUUCCUCGCAGAAAUCGCCCUCCGCAGACUGCUCAAUCGAGUGAGCUCGAUGCUCUACAUCCGAACCACGCCGUACUCGAAAAGUCCCGCUGCAACAUCGAUCGCACAGCUGGAUCCGCUAGUCGUCGAACUUGACUUCCAGCUCAAUCAGUGGUACGCAGGUCUCCCACCUGCGAUGCAGUUCCCACUCGACCGAGUGCCUCUGCAGAACCCUGUGCAGACCGUACUGAGGCUGCGCUACUUUGCUUGCCGUACCAUCAUUUUCCGGCCGUAUGUGUUACUUGUUCUUCAGGACGAGAGCCUAGCAUUGGAUUCGAGCGUGCAAGACAACUGCCACAAGUGCCUGGAAGCAUGUGUCCGCCAGCUUGAAUACAUCACCGCCCAUCACGCGGGGCAUCUGCCUUAUCUGUUCCAAGGCGCACUCUCCAUCAUCUCACAAACACUUCUCAUCAUGGGCGCAACGAUGACACAGUCGCUGUCCCAGCUCCUCCCUCCGCCCGAAACCAUGGACGAUAUCAUCAACAACGUGGUCCUGGAGAUGGAACGCUACGCACACCUCGCCCCUAGCAUCCGCCUUUCCGCAGAGAUCAUCCGCGAAGCCGAAGGCAAGCGACAGAUGUGGCUUCGCACGACGGGGCUGAAAUUCGAAGUCUGA